GCCAAACUAUUUUUUGCAAUUGACGAAUUUUUCGGUUUUUCAGUUGGUUCACUUUCUCCAAACUGUUUAUCUUCCUCUUCAAAUUUCUGAGACGAGGCGUUUCUUCUUCAUCUUCAUCUUCAAUAGAAGAUAAACCUAAAGUAGGAGAAGAAAAUCUCUUUCCAGAAGAAGGUCCAGGUUCUUGUGUCUCUAGGCCGAAUGUUCUCAUCUAUAAAAAGUUUUUUGCUCAUCAUUAUCAAUAGUACUAUGGCUAUACACACCGGUAGUACGCCCCUUUGUCAUAUAUGCGUCUCUAGCAUGGUGGACAAAGACCGAAGAGGUCACCACACGCAACCGUUUGCAGAAACUGCAAGGGCUGGCCGUGUCGAUGUUACAGGGGAUAUGCGCACAGACCCUACAGCAGUGCUUAAGGUCAUCCUUGAUCUGCCUCCCUCACAUAUACACGUGAGGAAAUGCAGCCUGCUGGAAGGAAUAAGAAUAUCCCAGAGCGGGAAGCUCCUACCUGGAAACUGGGUUGGACAUGAGGAUAUUGAAUCAACUGGACUCAAACCUGUCGGAAGAAAAACACCCUUUGUACUGCAUAGCAAAGUCAACAGAUGAGAAUUGUAGGCUCUGUGGAUCAGAAGUAGAAACAGCUGAACACAUAUUAUGUAAGUGUACAGAACUGGCUGGCCUAAGAACCAUUCAUAUGGGAAAACCAGCUCUGGUUACCCAAGAGGUAACGGCCAAGGCCCCUAAGAAAGUCUUCGGUUUUAUUAACACCAUUCUAAAGACCUCCUUAGGUUUCCAUGAAUGAGUAGGGUAGUGAACCAAA